CUGGGGCCGGUAUGGGCAUCAAUGACUGCUUUGACCUGAGGACACAGACGCUAAACGGGACGGAAGUCAUGACUAUGUGGGUUGGAGACGUAGUGAACGGAUGGGGAGCAGGACGGGGAAUUAUAAUGAAUUCGACUUACGACGUCAUCUACAACUUCACGAGUACUUUCCCAAACGGUGCAGAUAUCCAUGAAUUUUAUAUACCACCGGUGAACAACCGGACGGCACUUUUGACGGCGUACUAUGUGCUUAACACCGACUUGAGCGAAGUCGGAGGGACCGGGGACGACUGGCUGCUGGAGUGCGCAUUUCAAGAGAUUGACAUCGCUACAGGAGAUGUCUUAUUUAGUUGGAAUGCGAGCGAUCACGUCGAUUUCGCGGACUCGUAUGAAGGAUUCUGGACCGACGACAGCGAAAGCAAUCCUUGGGACUACUUCCAUAUGAACUCCAUUGAUAAAGACACGGACGGGAAUUACCUCGUCUCUUCCAGGCAUUAUCACCAGCUCUACAAAGUAGAUGGAAUCACGGGUGAUGUGAUAUGGACGAUGGGAGGCAAGCAUAGCGACUGGGACAUGUGCGAUGAUUGCAAUUACGAGUGGCAGCACGACGCCCGGUGGCGCGAUAAUUACACCGCCAUAUCCCUCUUCGAUAAUGCCAGUGAGUCCCUCAACUCUUUGUACUCGCUCCCGACUGGACGAGGCAUGGUUAUGGACCUGAACUUCGACAACAUGAGUGUCUCGCUCAGAACGGCCUUCUACCCUUUGCAGUCCCAUCCUAUCCAAUCUCAAGGUAACACGAAUUUGCUCGCGAGUGGUAAUUGGCUGCUCGGGUGGGGCUCGAGUCCGUGGUACGUGCGGCUUUUUUGA